AUGACUGGAUCGUCAGCUGUUCGACUCUCCAACCCUUACAACUUGCGAAGAAGAAUAUUGGGGAUAGAAACCGCUAACUCAUAUACUCCUAAGCCGCCCUCUCUUACUGCCGAGGCAGUAUCUUUCCUGUGUUCUCCUGGUGACACAAUUAAUCCUCCCUCUCAAGAGGGCUCCAGUAUUGACGUGGCUAUUCCAGUCCAGCUCCAAAUCGCUAACUUGGACGGUUUCGACGCUGGCGCUCCUCCUACGGUUAAGGCUUCGCCAUGUUGUGUUGAAGCAGUGGGAGAAGUCCAAACGAAUAUCGAGGAGGGGGCCAAAUAUAUUUUAGGAGAUGCGGUGCUUGGUCGUGGCAGAGUAUGUAUCACAUGUGACGCGCGUUUUCACACAUUCUCCUCCUUGCGAGAACACGAGCGGUCCCAUCAUCCUGAACUGCUUGUUCGCGAGGUAGAAUACCAUCCGUCUGCGGUCUCCAUGAAACAACAGUUAGAGGAAAUGGCCGCAUACGAGAUUAAACGCGGGUCGAACAUCAAGACCAUGGCUAGAGAUCUUGAACCCGUAUCCCAGAUAAGCCCUGCUACACCGUCGUCACAUUCACCUGUUCCGUGUUCGAGCCCCACUCCUAUUACGUCGUCAUCUGCUGACCUCACCGUUGAAGAUCCUCCCGGUUGCCUGGUUGGCAGCAAACCUAUUAGUCUUCCGCUUAGGUCACCCUGUACUACCGAGGUGCCUACUACGCCAUAUCGUCAGGACCGCUCAUCUUCUAGGUCCCCCUAUACUACCGAGGUCCCCCUAUACUACCGAGAUCGCCGGUCCAUGGUGGAACAUCCUCCUUGUCGUGCUCCUCAAAUUUCACCUUCUGUCAACCCGGAUGAAACUACUGUGGAGAGAGUUUUGACUUUGGUUUCUCCGGAGUUUACGCAAAACUAUGCCGACACGAAUCUCCAGGUAUGGGAUAACGCCUCAGUGCUCGACACCAUCAUUCCCGAGCAAAUCUCCAUUUUGAGCAGCCCCCCUAAACGUCUCCCCCCGCUCUCUCCUCCGGUAUCGAGAGCUACUGUUCGCCCCAUCUCAGGAGAUCCCCUCCCUCUAUCCCCGGUUGCGGCAGUUCAAUCUUUUGUUCGUACAGUCUUCGCCAAACAACUUCGUAGUCGUUCCAGAUACCCCUUGGAGCAAUGGUUGGAUAAAAUCAACAUCCCUGAUCCAGCGGCUUGGGUGGACACUAUCGAAGACAUGCUUUUGUUGUUGUUUCCUCUGGACGAAAGAGCGAAACAAAAGAAGGUUUCGGCUGGUAAGUCUGCUGCGAACAAUGGUGCCGCUAAUAGGAACCAGAAACGCAUGGCGGAUUACAAGAGCACGCAGGACCUGUACGCCAAGGAUCGCAAGAGACUGGCUGACAAAAUAGCUUCCGGCGAGCCUCUCGAUGUACCUACAAUCUACCCGGAGAUGUCUGCCAUAAUGGAGGUCCAUGGAAACGUUUUCCUCUCCGAGUCUCCUCCCGACGACCAUCCCUUCCAAACACCUUCGGCCAGCAUCGAAACAGAAUUUUCCCCAGUUUCAGCUGAGGAGGUUUCUGCGGCCAAGAAGGGUUGGCCACGUUCCGCUCCUGGUCGGGAUGGGGUGACGGUGCCUGCUGUGUCCAAGUGCAACAACAACAUCCUGGCUGCGCGUUUUAAUCUCAUUUUAGUCAGCAGGUACCAACCGGUGGAGUGGCGUGCCAUGCGAACGGUGCUGAUCCCAAAGCCUGGUAAGAACAGGAAAGACGCCUCUAAUUGGAGACCGAUUACGAUUGGGUCGUCUAUUCAGCGGCUGUUUCACCGCAUUCUCGCAAACCGCUUAUCAUCUCUGGUCCGGCUCAACAGUAAUCAGCGAGGUUUCGUGAAGACGGACGGAACCCUUGCCAACACUCUUAUUCUUGACUCCUUAAUUAAUGGUAGGACGCAGGCUAGGAAGGGAACAUCUAUGAUAUCUAUGGAUAUUCGAAAGGCCUUUGACUCAGUUUCCCACCACUCCAUAAUCAGAGGCCUUCGAAGAUUCCAGAUAUCGCCUUAUCUUAUUAAUUACAUUCAGGCAACACUUACCUCGUCAUCUACCAUUUUUUGUGUUGGCCAAAAGGAGUCGGAAUCGGUCCUCUAUUAA